AUGGCCGACCUCCGUGACCGACACAACGCUUCGCCUAUGCCUGGUGUGGCGCGCAAUGACGAUCCUGCCCUCGACAUCGCUCACGAGCACCAACACUCGCACGUGCACCACAGCGCGCAUGCCGUUCACCCCGACAACAUCGUCUACACCACUGGAACUACCGCAGAGAGGCCCAGCAAGCUUCUCGACAACCAAGUCCACCAUCCUCAUCGCCAUAUUGAUGAGAAGCGUGACAUUGAAAAGGCUGGUGGCUACGACUCCGAAGUUGAAAAGGCAACCCGCAGCUCUUCCGAUCCCGGGGUGGGGGAGACGGAGAAAAAAUCAAAAUGGUCCACUGGCUCUCUUUACAGGCGGUUUAGACUGCCAGUUCACAUCUUUCUCGGAAUGCUCUUUACCGGAUGGUGGAUUGCCAGUGUAGUCGUACAUCGCAAAGACAAGAACUGGGUCAUUCCGUUCUUGCUCUGGCUCGCCAUCAUGAUCCGUCUGAUCACCUGCCACGUCCCAAUAACCCUUGUUACCAGGCCAAUGCAUUGGGUCUGGGCCAACACUGGAACAAGAUUCGCAAACCUCAUCCCAGAGAAGUUGCGAAUCCCCGCAGGUGCCGCCCUUACCAUUUCCGUCAUGAUUAUUGGAUCAUUCGCCAGUGCCGAGAGUGAAGACAACACACGUGUCAACCGUGCCGUUUCGCUAUUCGGUCUAGCAGUCUUCAUCUUUGGUUUCUGGGCAACUUCCCGCAACCGGAGCAAGAUUAUCUGGCACACUGUCAUUGUCGGUAUGCUGCUCCAGUUCAUCGUUGCUCUGUUCGUUCUUCGAACUGGCGUUGGAUACGACAUCUUCAACUUCGUCUCCGAGCUUGCCCGUCUCCUUCUGGGUUUCGCCGAAGAUGGUGUCACUUUCCUCACAGAUAAGGAUGUGGCCGCAAAGACGUGGUUCUUCAUCAGCGUUAUUCCGGCCAUUAUCUUCUUCGUGUCCUUCGUCCAGCUCCUGUACUACUGGGGUAUCCUCCAAUGGUUCAUUGGCAAAUUCGCCGUCUUCUUCUUCUGGUCGAUGCGCGUAUCCGGUGCUGAAGCUGUCGUCGCUUCUGCUUCUCCCUUUAUCGGUCAGGGAGAGUCUGCCAUGUUGAUCAGGCCAUUCGUUGCUCAUCUCACCAUGGCUGAAAUGCAUCAAGUCAUGUGCUCUGGAUUUGCUACCAUUGCUGGUAGUGUCUUGGUCGCUUAUAUCGGUAUGGGACUCAACCCCCAGGCCUUGAUCUCAUCUUGUGUCAUGAGUAUCCCUGCUUCUCUGGCUUUCAGUAAGCUGCGUUACCCGGAAGAGGAGGAGACACUCACUGCCGGUCGUGUUGUCGUUCCCGACGAUGAUGAGCACAGGGCCUCCAACGCGCUCCACGCCUUUGCCAACGGUGCUUGGCUCGGUCUCAAGAUCGCCGGUAUGAUCAUUUCUACGCUUUUGUGCAUCAUUGCACUUCUCAACUUGGUCGACGCUCUCCUCACCUGGUGGGGCCACUACAUCAACCUCGACGGCGAGUAUGACUUGACGCUGGAAUUGAUCCUCGGCUAUCUCUUCUACCCGGUCGCCUUCCUCCUCGGUGUAUCCCGCGAAGGCAAAGACCUUCUUCUUGUCGGCCGUCUCAUCGGAAUCAAGGUCAUCACCAACGAAUUCGUUGCCUUUACCGCACUCGUCGACAAGGAUGAAAAGUCACCCUACCACACCCUAUCCCCUCGCUCUCGCGUCAUCGCCACCUACGCCCUCUGCGGUUUCGGAAACAUUGGUUCGCUAGGUACCCAGAUUGGUGUGCUCAGCCAAAUCAGCCCUGCCCGCAGUGGUGAUGUUUCCAAACUCGCUCUUUCGGCCUUGGUCACUGGAGUCUUCUCCACAUUGUCGAGUGCGUCAGUUGCAGGUCUCGUUGUUGUAGACCAGGCAAAGUUCAGUUCAGGCUCAUAAGAUCUGGCUGGCUAAGAAAAUUUAGAGAAAGAAAAAACGUAUACGCAUCGUUGUUUGUUCGGGAUUGGCUGUUUGGCUACCCUUAGAUAUUUCUAUUAUUUUUAUAUUCGGUGAUACCCACCCCACAUUGAGAAAUGAAUAUCCUUACUUCAAAA